UAUUCGGAUCGACCUAUACUCGAGUAUAUACGGUACAACAGAAUCAGAAUAAAAGUAAGUAAACAAACCAAAGGAAUGUAUCCCACAAGCACAUACAGAAGCCACAUGCCUUACCUUACGGAAGACAGUCGAUUUGAAAAUUAUCUGCUAUUUAAUGAGUUGUACAGCCUAACAGCAGUUCAGGUGAAGAGCUGUCGGAAGAGGGACUUUAUCUUCCAUUGCAGCAGGUACAUGCCUCUUGCUUGCAGUUUAUAUUGGAGCUUAUAUCACAUUGACUUUCUACUUAAAACUAUACUGGCUGUUCCUAAAUGUGCAUCUAUGUGAAGGGUUCCCAACAUUUUAAGCUGGUACCUUUGAUGGAACAGUUGAACUCUGGUUUCUCCGGCUGGGGCUUGGGCUUGGUUGUCUACAGAAUGCCAUAGGAUACUAAUCUAUGCUUUCCUUUCUUUUUGGAACCAUGCGUUAUUUUAAUUUUGUAAAAUCUAAGUGAUACAGUGACAUAGGAGUGCUGUCAGGCACAAAGAAAGUAUCUGCAGACACAUAAUUGCCUACUGCCUUAAGGGAAGCAGACUGGAUAAUUCAUUACACAGAUCAGCACAUAUCAGUGUGAAAGAAAUGUGUGUUCUCCUUGGACUUCUUUCUAAGCAAUCCUCUCUAAAAACAACUUGACUUAAAAAGCAAACAGGAUUGUUUUUUCUAGUCAGAGGAUUGCUUAAUCAUAUUUCAAGUGCAUAAUAGAAGAGGAAAAGUUGAACAAGAGCAGGCGAGCCCCAAAAACGUCUGUCACUCUGAAGGAAGAAACCCUGACUAAGCCUUGCCCAACAACAAACCAGCGGUCGAGAAAGGGAUUUUCCCAACAUCACUGUUGGGAAAUACUGUCUCCAGUAUUGUAAUGUACAGGUUUGCAAAAUCAGAGCUCUUCCUCCCCCCCUCCCCAUUCACCUCCCUUUCCUGUCUCUUCACUCCAGCUGAUAUAUGGCCGGGAAUCAUUACGGAUCGCCCCACUCUGUUCCAAGUGAGAGGAAGCUGAUGUGUGCCUCCAGGCAGAUGCUACUGCAGCUGGACAGUCUUUAUUGACUCAGAAGGCUGGCAAAAAGUUUAAGGAACCCACCCUUCCAUCAAACUGGAACGAGACUGAGGGUUCUACCCAUUUUUGAAGCAUCUUUGUUGGAAAAAGACCCCUUUUUCAGAUUUACUGAUCAAGUACUGCAAUUUUCAGCAGAAUUGGAGAGACGCUUGUGUCUUAUUUUGCAUGGUGGAUUUUAUUCUCUACAACCAAGGAAUAAUGUCAGAUAUGUCUGGUUUGGAAAAAGUCAAUGCAAUGAUCCCACUUGCUGCAGAUAUGCCCAGCAAGAAGGAAACGGUGUGCAUUUUUGGAACUGGUGAUUUUGGAAGAUCUCUGGGCUAUAAACUGAUGCAGUGUGGCUAUUCCAUUGUUUACGGGAGCCGAAGCACUCAAAACUCUGGAUUGAUUCCUCAAGGAGCCGCAAUCCUCCCUCAUGCAGAAGCUGCUGAAACCUCUGACGUUAUCAUUGUAGCAGUCCACAGAGUGCAUUACAGCUUUCUUGAAAGCCUACAAGAAAUCCUCAGCGGAAAAGUGUUGGUGGAUGUGAGCAACAAUCUUAAAAUAAAUCAGUAUCCGGAAUCAAAUGCUGAAUAUCUUGCCCAGCUGCUUCCAGGCAGUAAAGUGGUCAAAGCGUUUAAUACGGUGUCAGCAUGGGCCCUGCAGUCAGGUGGCUUGGAUGCAAGCAGACAGGUAUUCAUCUGUGGAGAUGAUAGGAAAGCAAAAGAAAAGGUGACAGAGAUUGUUCGGAGUCUUGGUCUUACUCCUUUGGAUAAAGGUUCUCUCUUAGCAUCAAAAGAAAUUGAGAAUUACCCUUUACAACUUUUUCCAAUGUGGAGAUUUCCCAUCUACCUCUCUUUUGCUCUCAGUACAUUCAUCUUUUUAUACUCUGUUGUCCGUGAUAUCGUCUACAAUCAUGUUGAGAACAACAGAGAUUUUUCUUUUUUUAUUUUUGUUACAAUUGCAAAUCGGAUCUGCCCUGUUGUGGCACUCGUUCUUCUUGCAUUGACCUAUUUACCUGGGAUCUUUGCAGCUAUUCUCCAGUUAUACAGAGGUACAAAGUACAGUCGCUUUCCUGAUUGGCUGGAUAAAUGGAUGCUUUGCCGGAAACAACUGGGAUUGGUUGCCUUGGCUUAUGCUUUCCUACAUGUUUUAUAUACCCUGAUCAUCCCCAUUCGUUACUAUGUAAGAUGGAAGACCAAUUCUUAUAUCAUUGGUCAGGCAUUAAAUAACCAAACAGAUCCAUUUUGGACCGGCUGGGCCUGGCACAGUGAUUCUUACCUUGCUUUGGGAAUCUUAGGUUUUUUCCUGUUUCUUCUUCUUGGGAUAACAUCCUUGCCUUCUGUCAGCAACAAUGUUAACUGGAGAGAGUUUCGGUUUGUGCAGUCCUAUCUGGGCUACCUUACACUGGUUUUGUGUACUGCCCAUACACUGGGAUAUGGUGGGAAGAGGUUCUUGAAUUCUAAGACAUACCCGUGGUGCCUACCUCCAGUUUAUUUGCUGUCUCUCAUUAUUCCUUGCAUUGUGUUGUUCAUUAAGUUUUUCCUAAUAUUUCCAUGUAUAGAUAGACCAUUAACUGAAAUUCGACAGGGCUGGGAGAGAAAACGCAAAAAUAUGAGCCACUCAAACAGCAAUCAGAACACCAAAGAAAUAUCAUCUGUAUAAUUCCUUAAUCUCUGUUAAUCUGUAUAUUUUGGAAAGGACUGAGCAUAGUCAAAGCACUAAGCCCGUGAUGGCGAACCUAUGGCACUUGUGCCAGAAGUGGCACGCAGAGCCAUCUCUUUGGGCAUGUGACCCGUCACUAGCUGGUCUUCACGUGCACAAGAGCACUGGAAACCGAAAGAGCGGCCGCCCGAUGUACAUGUGGGUGCUGGGAAGAUAAUCUUCCGGUUUCCGGUGCGCAUGCUGGUCUUCGCACGCACAUGCCUACCAGGAACUGGAAGAUCAGAUUCCUGGUGUACAUGUGCGUGCCCGAAACCAGAAAUCAUCUUCCUGGAACACAUGUGCACAUCCGGUGGCUGUUCUUCCGUUUCCUGCACUCAGUGGCAAAAAGGUUCGCCAACACUGCACUAAGCAGUGGAGACACUCUGAAAAAGGAUCUUGGUUAUGAGCUUUUGUGAGUUACCAGGAAAGAACUUUAUAAACCACAUCCUUGACAUUUGGAAUGAGUUUCUGCAAAUUUUCAGGAUUAUUGUCAGACCAGCAAUAGCUUUCCAGCCGACGUAUCCUAUAUAAAUACACUAAAAAUAUAAUAUCUACAGUGCCAAGCGUGCCACCUGCAUACAAAUUGCAUUUUCUUUCUAUGGAUAUCUAUCAAUUCAUAAAGAAAUUUCUUUUAUCUAUAGGAAGUUGUGAUUUUAUUGUGAGUUUAACAGGAGGGCUGCAUAAGAGAACCCUACACUCUGCACUCGACAGCCAAGAAUGUGAACAAGAAAUGCUAACUCUAGUCUUACUAAAGUGCACUUAGCAAAACAUGAAAAAGCAAUUAAAAACACCGAAAUAUUCCCUGAUUCUUAUGCAAAUCUUGCCUGCUGCAGACUAGCAGGAAGACACAUGAAAGAAAAGUUUUCAAGUGGUUACUUAAGGUUUUUUUUUCCAGAUCAAGGAAAAAAUGGGGACUGAGUGUCCUUUGAAUACACCCACACUCAUCUUGCUAUUUCCACUUUAAAGUUUUCUAUGAUGAAAUUUGUCUCGAUUCAGAAAUAUCAGCCAAGAAGGUUGGUACAGAGGCAAAUCGGGACAGAGAUCUAACGUCAGAUUUCACUUUCCACAGCCUGAAUAUUCUUCUGUCAGCAAAUCCCCAAUAAUAUCAAAUAUUUUAUGCUUCAUUAUCAUGCAUGUUUAAGUCAAACUCAUAAGCUAAAUCAAUAACAAAGAAGCAAUUUAAUUCAAAUUUCUUACUGUAUAUUAGCAAAUUGUAUUCAUAUUGUAUCCAUAAAAUACAUGUAUUCUGUUUUUCAAGGUUUGGUUUCCAAACCUUGUUCAUCAGCAUUUAUACUUGGUAUGUUUCAAAAAAUAAAAUAAAAUACU